UGAAAAUAGGGGAAGUGCCAAGCAGAAUCGAGUUUCAGAAAUAAACAGCUGAAUUUCGUUGUUGUUUCUUUUUCAAAAAAACUCAGGGCUGUCUCAGUUGAGGAUACAGCUAGUAUAUAACCUUUCCCAAGGAACUCCCAAUUCGCCCACACACAAGUUACUCGGGAUGUUGUUGACUCUUGCCGUCUUCCUGAUCUCUCUAAGAGGUGUCGCAGCCGUUGCCCACGAGCGAACAUACUUUUAUGUCGGCGGAAGCUAUGAGCUUAACAGCAGUGGAGCCCACGUCGUCACGAAUCAGACAUAUGUCGAAAAGCUCACACCGGCUGGGGGCGCGUCGAAGGAGUAUCCAAUUGUCUUUGUCCAUGGGGACGGGCAGACAGGGACGAACUGGUUGAACAAGCCCGACGGCGGCGACGGAUGGGCCUCGUAUUUCUUAUCCCAAGGCUACGAGUGCUAUAUCCUCGACCAGACCUUCCGCGGAAGAAGUCCCUGGACCCUGCCAAAUAACAACACGAAAAUCUUCACGGCCGAAGAUAUUCAAGAGCGCUUCACAGCGCCACAAAAGUACCGUCUCUGGCCUCAGGCACAUUUGCACACUCAAUGGAAUGGCUCAGGCCUGAUGGGUGACUCCGUCUUCGACACAUAUUAUUCCUCUGUCGUGCCCUCUCUGGCAGACGAAGUGUCCCAGGAAUUUGCUCACCAGGAGACAUCUGCGAAGCUUCUAGAUCGCAUUGGGAAGCCCGUUAUUCUGGUUGGUCACUCCCAGGGUGGGUUGUUGGUCUGGCUUACUGCAGAUGCGCGCCCGCAUCUCAUUCACUCUGUCGUAGCUAUUGAGCCUACAGGCCCACCGUUCCAUGAUGCGGUGUUCGAUAACUUAACUGGUAGAGCAUAUGGCCUGGCGAAUAUUCCUAUUACAUACUCGCCGCCUCUGACAGACCCAGCCGACUUCUCGAUCCAGACCAUCAAAUCAAACUCGACUGACCAUGCGAACUGUUCUAUCCAGGCUGGCAGUCCGGCUCCGCGACAGCUGGCUCAUUUGAGUCAAUUCCCGGUAUUGGUAGUGACAACAGAAUCGUCGUUCCAUGCGCCGUAUGACUGGUGUACUGUUCGCUUCCUGCAACAGGCCGGUGUCAACGCGGAACAUUUGGAGUUAGCCAAGGUCGGGAUACAUGGGAAUGGCCAUAUGGUGUUUAUGGAGAAGAACAGUGACAAUGUGGCAGGCGUUAUUGAAGAGUGGAUGAGCAAGAAUUGAUGGGAUUUUCAUUGUACAUAUAAAGGAGCGAAAGGAGUUAAAAAGGGCUUGAAAAGAGAAGAGAAGCGGCUGCGACGGGAAGUGCCCCGUACAUAUUUUCGGCCUGUUCGUAGUGGUAAUUUCUAGAUUAAAUUGGC